UAUAUGUAUAUGUGUAUAAUUUUUUUCAAGCCAAUUGUUUUUUCAUAGUGCACGUUGCACUGUAAAUACAACGGCGGGAAGGGAAACAAAGCGUAGCGGAGGAGGGAGGAGCAGUAGGAGGCGCCAUGCAGGAGGAGGUAUCGAAUUUUGGCCAAUCAAAAAAAGGUGACUUGUGUGGACGUCAUUAGCAUGUGGGUCUGUAAAUAGAGCGGGCGCGAGGCGGGCGUUAGUCAUUUUCUGUUCGUUUAUUCGACAAGUAGCAUCAUGCCCGAUCCAGCCAAGACCGCGCCCAAGAAGGGAUCAAAGAAAGCCGUGACCAAGACGGCCGGCAAAGGAGGCAAGAAGCGCAGAAAGUCCAGGAAGGAGAGCUACGCCAUCUACGUGUACAAGGUCCUGAAGCAAGUGCACCCUGAUACCGGCAUCUCAUCCAAGGCCAUGGGCAUCAUGAACUCCUUCGUGAAUGAUAUUUUUGAGCGCAUCGCCGGUGAGUCUUCUCGUCUGGCUCAUUACAACAAGCGUUCCACUAUCACCUCCAGGGAGAUCCAGACCGCCGUGCGCCUGUUGCUUCCCGGCGAGCUGGCCAAGCACGCCGUGUCCGAGGGCACAAAGGCCGUCACCAAGUACACCAGCUCCAAGUGAAGCGCGUUACCGCCGUCUUCA